UAAUUUGACAAUAUUCAGCGCCGAAUUUCGAAUAAUUGCGUUUCGAAGGAGCGAUUAACUUUAAUUUAUACUUUGAGAUUACAACGUUGAAGAAAGUCUCUUAAUUUAUCCCUCCAAAUUAUAACUUAAGAAGCGUGGACUCUCGAAAGGCAAUUUUUUACUGUUAUAGCUCAAGCGGGCACGCCGGCAUGAUGAAGUAACUAACGCAUAUCGAUGACUUCAAUCUUUACACUGGCCUUAUUUGCCUCUACACAAAAAGAGCGUCUAUACGUGGCUAUUUGCGUCCGCUGUCGGGCAAAAAUCGCACGAUGAUCGAGACGAUCGCGCGAGGCCCAAGUCGUUCAACCGAUAAUCAUAUUUUGUGGAUACAAAUCGGCCACGUGACGGAGGCGAUUCGUAAGAGGUACAGCCUGCCUCUCGACCGACUCUCGGACGGUUGUACAAAAACCGCUUAUAGCCGCUACCGUCCACGUAAUUAUCGGAGAAGAUUAUCGUUUUAACGUUUUACGCCGGCGAGGAUGCGGAGGCGAGCGAAGAAAAAAGAUGCGCAGACAUGCAGACGUCUCGUUAUUAUUAAGCACAAGAACACAUUGAUAUGCGUUCGCCACGGAGAUAGAUUCCUCUUCCUCCUCCCCCUACUCUCUCGUCUCGCUCCUUCUCACCGUCACGCUCGUCUCCCGCUUCCCGAAGGAGAAAGAAGAACCAAGUUGCAGAGUAGCGAUAGGAGCGCGUCAUCCUGAGUGAUUUUCCGGAGGUGGAACCGACCAACGAACGGCGGCGAUCAACCCCCCGUUGAGGGUUUUACUGGAGGAUGACAAGUUGCUGAAUAACGUGACGGGGCGUGCUUUACGUUAAUAAUCGUGAACUUGUUGCCAGCUGAUGCUGAUGCUGAUGAGCGCGAGCGCGCACAAGAGAGAGAGAGGGCGAGGAGAGAGAGAGAGAGCGAGUCCCUUGACCAGCGUUAAUUGAGUAUAACGUAAUUGACGUGGCUUCGAUGAAUGAUCGCCUUCAUUUUUAGUAACGAGUCCCAGAGAGACCCGGCGAGAGAGGAUUUGCAUAUUAAUGGACGUCAGUCAGGAGUCACCGACGACAUGGCAGCAGGACGAGACAAGGACAGAUGCCGAGGAGGCGACGUAGCGGUAGCUACGUGGGACACGUAGGUUUUACAUGGCAACCGAAGGAUCUCCCAUCCCCCGGUCGGGGGACACCAGGACGGUAGGGUCUCUCUGCUACCUAUAAAACUAACCGCGCUCCGUCUCCUGCCGUGCAUUGAGCGACUUGGCAUUCACGCGGCAAGGAUCAUCGCCGAUUAGAGAGACGAGAUCGAGAGACGCAGACAGCGAGAGGAUUCUCAGCGUUCAGAUCGGCGGAUCACCAUGCUUACCUUCCAACUUACUCACGCGAUCGUCCUCCUGGCCGCGAUCUUUCUGAUUGACAAGUGUCGCGCUCAUCCCGCGAUCGCACAACGGCACGAGGCAAGACCAUUGUGUGUGGGCUGCGGCGACAAGUGUGACCAAUGCGAGUUUGGUUUCACAACGUCAACCCUCUGUGGUAUCACGGAAUGCCGAAAAGGCCCCGGGCACAUUUGCGGUGGGCCGAGCGAGUCCUGGGGCGUUUGCGGCGACGGACUGAUCUGCAGUUGCAACCGCUGCACCGGCUGCAGCGUGGACAACCUCACGUGCUUCGCGAAUACCUGCCUGCCCCAUCAGAGCCUGGAGACGCGGAGCUAUCUCGAUAUCUUCGACAGCCCCUUCCCCAUCGACAGAAUCGCCAAGUAAAAACGGAAACCCCAACCCGACCCCCGGAUGGACGAAAAGGACGACGGAUGGAUGAGACGACGAAUGUGAGAGGAGCGAAUGUGUGAAACGGGAAGAAGAGAGAAACGCGGAUAUAUAUUAGCGAUUUUUCCGAAUUAUUUAUUGCAUUUCACGAUGUAAUUUCAUUAGGUAUCCACAAUUGUGAUAGAUAACUUGUCGGAGCCCGUGUCUCUAUCAUCCCCCCCCUUCUUUCCCCCGUUCCCACGAGACGACGGUGCCCCUGUCCGUGUAUAAUGGCAUUUCUGUGAUUUUUUAAUUGCUACGUUAUCCCGUCUUUGUACACGCACGCCUCAAUGAGGAACGCGCGCCCCUGUGUCCGCGCGCGUUUAGCGAGCGUGCGUCGCCGGCUGGAUUGAUCUCGCGAGAUGUUCGAUGAAUCAUCGUGCAUGGUUCUUGGCUGUGAAUCGCGCCUCUCGCGGUGUAGCGAAGGGCGAUCGACGGGGUCCUCCGAUGUGCUUCCCACGCGGGAAGCACCGAAGAGCCGGGUCUCUACCGAGAGUCGAAAAGUCGCGGUGCAAAACCGGAUGGCCGAGAGUGACGAAGAUGCAAAAGCCCUCUCCUCCUCCCCAACCCCGUGAAACAGUCGAUAUGACUUUCGACAUUCCAAUUUGACAUUUCGAGUACAUAUAUAUAUAUAUAUAUAUAUAUAUAUAUAUAUAUAUAUAUAUAUAUAUAUUCUCGAAAACUACAUCGACACUUUGCUUAUUGUAAUAUUUAUUUCCAAUGUCGCUUGGUCAUUAAAGAGUGUCGCAGGGAGAGUGAGAUCUCCUUGUGACGACAGAUCUCCCGAUAAAGCGCGCUUAGAUCAAUAUUAUCAGUCAUGUCAACACGUUGCCUCUCGCUAACUGACCGUAAUAUUUGUUAAUAAACACGAAAAGUAGCUAAUACAGUUGACUUCUUUCAUCGGCACUUCUCUCGCGGCGAUUAGCGAGCGUCGUAAGGACAGCGAGUACUUUACGUAUGCUCUCGGUAUUCCUGCGGAGACCGGACGUUAAUGUUUUAGCGAAUGCCGCCCUAUGUAACGGACAACAGAAUAAAAUUGGUUGCAUUCA